AUGGUGAACCGCUCUCGGCAUCUUGGCCUUGGUAUGUUUUCAGAAGUGAAUGAAUUGAGUCGUAGACAUGACUAUGUUCAGUACACACCUCCUGGGUAUGGCACCCGCCAUGCUAUUCCAAUGUGGAUUCAUGCUACUGCACCGCCUGCUGACCAUCUGCAAAAUGACGACUCUCCUCCUCCUUCUUAUGAAUCAGUUGUUGAUUUGCCAACAUGUAUGCCCUACCAGCCCCCUUCCCAAAGAUUAACCCCAGCUACUGAACAAGAGAAUAUACACACAAUAAUGUCUGAAUAUGAUGCACCCUGCGCUUAUCAGAUAAAUAACAGCACGCCGACUGCUCAACAAUGGAAUAGACAGCAGCUUAAUGAUGAGCAUAAUAUGCCCUCCACUUCUGAAAUGAUAAAUACGCCCUCUACUGGUUAUCAUUGGGAUGCACAAAGACUGACCACUCUAUAUACUACUCCCAACCCUUCUCAGAGAGCACAUGUGCCAUCCAGUGUACAACAGAGCAAUACACAGACAGGAUACCCAGAAUACAAUAAUCCUACCCCAUCUUUGUCUGGGAAUAACAGCAAUCGGACCUCUUUCCAGAAUUUUAACUCAUCCCAAGCAUCUGCGAACUUCACACCAGUAUAUCCCAAUGCAAAAUCAAGACGUCUUGGGGUGUUGCUGAUUUGCCUCAGCCUUGUGCAGUUAUCACUGGCAGUUGUGUUGGUGAUUUUUGGAGAGUAUGGCCAUUUAAAAACGAUAUCGUAUGGCAUUGUAUUUAUCGGCUAUGUAUUUUAUACCGCUGCAGCAUUUAUUUUGCUUGGGAUUCGAUUUUUCUCCAACCAGGUGGCUAUUCGAACACUAUUUUAUGCUAUCACUGGAAUUAAUGUGGUUGUUCUGCUUAUGUCAAUGUUGGUUGUUAUUUGUAGAGGGACCCUAUAGAAAAUGGUUGUAUUUCCGAGAUCUUUACCACUUAAUUGGCACAAGAAAAAGCCAACUGACUGAAGACUCAGCAAAACCAUCACAAAUGACACUUCAUCUAAACAUAAAAUCCCCAUACUGUACCCAACAACUUUUUCUGAACCAGACCUUCUGAAUGUACAGGACUGGAUAUUCAUAACAAAUUUUGUUGCCUUAUCCAUCAGAUGUUCUAGUCCAGUGGUCAUCAACUCCUGUCCUCAGGGCCCACUAACAGGCCAGGUUUGCAAGAUAGCUGAAAAACAUCAUAGGUGAU